UUCUUCCCUUUCUCGUUUGGAGUUGGAUUUGGAGACGACGAGGCUUCUAUGUAUUUAUACACCACAUGUGAACACAAAAACAACCUCUUCUUAAUUUCUUUUAAUAAAGAAUUGUAAUAUAAUAAAAAUUAGUAAACGGAUUUUUUUUUUUUGAACAAUAUUGGAGAAAGGGAGAGAGAGUGUGGUCAAUAGAGGCAAGAUCCGCGAUAGGAGCAUUCCCAUGAACCCAUCAAUUCGAUUUCUUAUCCUCCCCCACGUGAUCUCUCCUUUGUUCACAUAACUUACACAGUUUUACCAUAUUUCUCACCUGUUAAAUUCAGUUCAAAUUCUAUUAAAUCAAAAUAGUACCAGUUUAACCAGUUAAUAUUCAAUUUACAUGGAUGAGAUUUAGCAAUGCAAAAAGUUUUUCGACAACCGGGCCUCGUGGUCUGGUGGUAUAGGAACCUCGGCUGAGGUGCCCGCCAUCACGAGUUCGAAGCCCGGCCACAGCGGAUUUAACAUGGUUUCCGUUUGGCCGCCAGGACCCUCCAGUUCCGGUUGGACGCAGUGGGAUAGUCGGACUUAGGUCCGGAUACCUGGAUUAUCAAAAAAAAAAAAAAAAAAAAAAAAAAAAGUUUUUCGGCUCAUUUGAUAUCACACUAGUUUUUCGUAUAACUAACACAUAAUUCGGAUAAGAAUAUAAGAUAAUGCGAAGUGUUUGGAUACAACCAUUCCCAUUUAGUUUUUUUGGACAGUGUAUAAUCGAGUUGGCUAUCGAAAUCGUUUUUCAUUUGAAUACUAUCGUUGACAAAUAACUAGUUACAAAGAUUGUAAAUUAUAAUACAUUUUACUGAGCAAAGUAAUUUCCAAAUUAUCAAGAAUAACUAAAGUAGUUUAAGUUCAAUGGUCACUGGACAGAGUUUUUUUAUUUGGUCAAAGGUCUUGGACAAAGUUAAUUAUUCAUUUUCAUUGGACUAUAAAUUACAUGAUGAUAAUAAGGCAAUGAGUAAGUUUAUGUUCUAGCUCAUUAUCAAUCAUUGCUCUAAGAAAAGGUGGUAUUAUAUUGUAAUAAGAUAUCAAUGUAUUCCAUACUUUCUAUUUGUAUUUAUAAAAUUAUUGGGAUGGGUUAGAUGAUUAGAUCCUACAUGAAUCUCAAAGACUUGUCUCACUCUAAACCCCAAGAAACUAAGACUAAAGAAAAUUCAAAGUAGAUGACUAAAGCAUUAUAGAAUACGAAAUGAAAUUUGGUUCUUCUAAUAGUAAUAGCUCAGUAAUACAGAAAAAUUAGACAUAUUUCUUAUGAUGAAAAUCGGUUUGACACGUUUAUGGUGAAAUAUAAUUGCUAUUUCUGACCACAAACUAUUAGAAGAUAUUUUUUCAGCUCCAUAGUACUGUAGUAGAUAUUUUUCAAGCUUUCACUGGUAGAUAUGACUACGCACAUGACAAUAAUUUGAAAGGUCAAGAAUUUGCCUUUUCGGUUCUAGGUACUGACGACAAUCACAAAACACUUGCAUCAACUUUAUAUGGGUUCUCACUUUCUACAAAUGUGUUUUUACAGUCUCCUUCUUCUUCAUCGAUCUUUGCGCUACUUCUAGAUAUUUUUCUUAAGGGUCUCCAUCUUCACACAAGUGUAGACACAAUGACACAUGUACCUGGAAAUGUAGUUUACUCAAUUCUUCCAUUCUGAAUAAUCCUAUGAUAUCAAUGACAACAAUGUUAUUGACUGUUAUGACUUAUGAGAUGCGGACACCGACGCUAGAUAUUAUUAGUUGAUAUUUAAAUAUUUUUCUAGUUUGUUAGCUUAAUAAACCGUCUACUAACACAAAUAUAUAUGGAUUCACCCAAGAGCUUUGGAGAUUUUUUGUUUUGUUAAUUAUUUGUAACUUUAAUAACAACAUAUUGUUUGUAGCUAAGUGAGAAAUAUUCCAACAUCAUGUAAUCAAGAGAAAGAGCAAAACUCAAAAGUAAGAAAAUCAAGCCUAUUUGUUUGUUUUGUAAUUGUUUCAUUUCUAAUAUCAAAGUAAAUCGAUGGAUGAUCUCCAACUGAUAAUAUAAUUUUUCUUAUAUAGCUUUUUGGUAAUUCUUAAUCGAUUACUCAUUUUAUUUCUAUGUUGAUUCCUAUGUUCGUUUGAAGGGAGAUUUCUAAUGACCCUGAAAAUAUUAGGUUUAGAGGUUCACAAAGCUUGCUAAUUCUAUUAUUUGUUUCCCAUUAAAUAAUAUCCGAAUAAUUAUUUUGUGAGAUAUUUUUUUCCCUCGUCUAGAUAUAUCACACACAAAAUGUAAGUUAACAGUUAGAAAUAUAUUAGUUAGUUUUUAACCCUCUUCGAAAACGCGGCCGCCUAGGCGUGACUCGGAGCUUGGCCGUGGGGAGGAGGUGCAAAUCGGUGACUAAAAUCGGUUGGCCGUAGAAGUCCGCAUUGUCCGCGUAAAUGGGAAACGCGGCCGCGUAGUUUAACUCGGUCAUGAACUCGACAUUAAAAAUUUUGAUUAUUAACAAUUGACAAUUGCCCACUAAAUCCAAAAAAUGGAUGCUGAGCCCAUAAAAAAACUUAGUUUAAUAUUUGUUUGGCCCAAAACUAACUCACGUUCAUAUACAUUUGGGGAUUUUCUUUUUAUGAAACAAACCCUAGAAAAGUUACGACAUAAACAAAAGGGGUUUUGAUAUGAACUCAGACGAAAAUUGAGAGCUGGAGACGAAGUGAAGCUGAAUCUAGUUGACAACCAUCCUCUGUUCGUGAAUUCAAGGUAAUAAUCGUCUUUCUGUUUCUUUUUCGUAUAUAUAAUUGACUCAAGAUUGAAAACUCAUACUUACUGUAGUUCUUGUAUACACAAAAACAAAAACUCAUAAUCAGUUUUGGGGAAGGUUGAGUUCUGAAACUACUCAGUGUUAAAGUUUAUUGUGUUUAAUUUUUUUUAAGGUUCAAAAGGAUGAACAACCCACCAACAGAUGCAGCACCUCCUUCUCUGAAGCGAAAUUCAAAUGAUGUGGGAUGGGAAUUUGGAGUCUUAUGUGAUCCGAGAAAUUCAGACAAAGUCAAAUGCAAGUUGUGUGGAAAACAGUUCACUGGUGGUGUUUUCAGGAUGAAAGAACACAUUGCUCAUGUGAAAGGGAAUGUCUCACCCUGCCCUGUUUCAUCUAAAGCGGAUCAAGAGAAGUGUAAGCAGGCAAUUCUUGAUGCAAAAGAGAAGAAGAAUUUGAAAAGGAAACGUGAUCAAGCAUUGAGGGCAGAGGUGAACAUAUACAAGGACAUCAAUACUGAGGAACUGGAAAAAGAGUUGGGAACUCUUAAAAGUCCUCACUUCCAAGGUCCUAUUGAUAAGUAUGCAACCUCCAUUAACCCUGAAGCUUCUUUGGCGGCACAAACACGACAACAGAGUAUCCAUGAUGCCAUAUCUAAGGAGAGGACACAUGCAGUCCGUCAAUACUGUUCUAGAUGGAUUUAUGAGGCAAAUAUUGCUUUCAACGCUAUUGACAACGACAGUUUCAGGAUGUUUUGUGAAGCGUUGGGACAGUUUGGGCCUGGUUGGGUUCCUCCAAGUCAGUAUCAGCUUAGAGAGCCAUUGUUAAAUGAGGAACAACAAAGGACCAAGGAAAAGUUGAAGAGUCUAGAAGAAGAAUGGGAUAGAGAAGGCUGCUCAGUGAUGACAGAUGCAUGGACUGAUAUGAAGAGAAGAAGCAUAAUGAAUCUGUGUGUCAACUCAAGGGGAGGUACAUGUUUUCUUUCAUCAAAAGACACUUCUAAGGAUUCUCACACGGGUGAGUACAUCUUCAAAUACAUUGACCAGUGGAUUGAAGAUAUUGGAGCUGAAAAAAUAGUGCAAGUGGUCACUGAUAAUGCUACAAACAACGUGGCAGCUGCGAAGAUGCUGAAACAGAAGAGACCAAGGAUAUCUGGACAGGUUGUGCUGCUCACACUUUAGAUUUGAUGCUUGAGGCCAUUUCCAAACUUCCUGGUAUUGCAAAGAUAAUUGAUCAAGCAAAGGCUGUUACUAUCUUUGUAUAUGCUCAUCAUACAACACUGUCCAUGAUGAGAACAUAUACAAAGAAAGGAGAUAUCGUGAGACCAGGAGCAACAAGAUUUGCAACUUGCUUUUUGACUUUGCAAAGCCUAUACGAGAAGAAGGCACAACUGAUGAGCAUGUUCGGCAGCGAUGAAUGGCAUGACUGUAAGCACUCAAAGUGUGUGAAGGGUAAAAGUACGUUUGAUACAAUUAUGAGUCAUGGCUUUUGGAGUAGUGUGACGGUUGUGUUGAGGAUCUUCAGUCCUUUAGUGAAGGUUCUAAGGCUGGCUGAUGGAGAGAAAGUACCUUCUCUUGGAUUCAUUUAUGGUGAGAUUGUCGAAGCUAAGAAGUCUAUCAAGGAAACUUCAAAUCAUGUGGAGAAAAACUACCUACCUAUCUUUCGGAUCAUUGAUGAGAAAAUGAAAGAUAGGUUAGAUUGUCCUUUGCAUGUUGCUGCCUACUUCCUCAAUCCUUAUUAUUUCUACAAAGAUCCAGAAAUUCUAAGUGAUUUUAAGAUCAUGGAUGGAUUCAUAGCUUGUGCUGAGACUUUCUAUCAUGGCGACUUUGAGAAACAAGAUAAAGUUGUGAAUCACGAGAUCAAUUUUUACAAGAACAAAAGUGGCUCAUUUGGCAGACCUUUAGCACUGAAAGGAUGUGAGAUUAAGAAUGACAAAUUUGAUCCAGGUUUGUAUGUUCAUAUUAUUUGUUUUCAUUAACUUCAGAUAUUUAUUCAUCAUAUGUGACUGAAUUGAUCGUAGGGAAUUGGUGGUCCACAUACGGAUGUGGUACACCAACUCUUCAAAAGAUGGCUACAAGGAUCCUUGCUUUGACGUCAAGCUCUUCCGGAUGUGAAAGAAACUGGAGCUGCUUUGAAGGGGUUAGUUUAUUAGUUUUUUUUCUCUAAAAAUGUGAUAUUAUUGCUGAAAUUCAUUACUCUUUUAUUACAGAUUCACACAAAAAAAAGAAACAGGCUGGAUGUCAAUCGCUUAAAUAGCUUAGUCUAUGUGCAAUUCAACGCAAAGAUGUUUAAGAAGCAGAAAAAAAUCAGAGAGCAAAAUGCUGAUGUGAUAUUCGAUGAUGGUAAUGAAGAUACAGUGGAAGAAUGGCUUGUAGGCCGUGUAGAAGAGAUGGAUAGUGAUCUUAAUUUGCUGCUUGUAACCCAAGCUCCAAGGGUAAGAGAUCUAUAUGAUGAUGACUUUGAGUCUGAAGAUGAUGAAGAAUAUGUUGUGGACAUGGAGUUUGAACCGGAUAUAUAUCAGCAUGUUCCUCUCUUCCAUGACUCACAAUCUAAUUAGUAAGGUUAGUAAGUCAUCUUAGAUCUCUGGUCAUUUUUGUAUCUAACAUGUUGCUUCUCUUUAUACGUAUUGGUUGUUGUAUGUCUUGUUAUUUGCCAUCGUUUGAUUAUAUUAUUAUUGCAGGUGUAUGCUACAAGAUCUAUAACUCCUAACACAUCUUUCCAAUUCAUGGUGAUUACUUGAUCUGAAGACAAAGGAUGAAGACCUGCAAUCCUUUGUUGUAUUUUUUGUGUUUUCAAGAUCAAGACAAUCUCUUUUUUUGUUUAUCCCAUGAAUUGAAAUUCUUUUUUGUGGUGCUUGAAUCAGAUGUGUACGAGAGGAAAAACGUAUGUUCUUUUGUAAUAUUUAUAAAAGCAUGUAUUAAAACUUUUAUUAUAAUUUUUGUUCUCUAAACAUAUUAAAAAUAUAUUAAAUUAUGUUAAAAACUAGGCUCUGCGUACACCCCGCGUACUCCCCGAUUUUUUUGUAACUCGCUAGACCCGGACCGAGCGUCCGAUUCACGCUUAGCGUAGUUUCAAACAGAGGUUUUUAAUAGCAAAACGACUAUAAAAUUCUAAAAAUAAAAAUAGAAAGAUGGUGCAUACUGAGAGAUGAGUAAAUGUGUAUUGUUCACAGGACCAACGGAUUAGAAGUUUGGGCAGAGUAAUACGCAGAGUAUCCCAUGUGAUCUCCACCUGUCGUCUCUCUUUCUCAACUUCCAACCUUAUUAACUAUGUUUUCUCUUUUAUUUAUUUAUUUAUUUAUUUGGUGUAUGCCAAUUAAAUUCAUUUUCUUUCAUUAUGUCUUGGUUGACAUUUCUAUACAGUCUAUAUAACAUAUCCUAGUUUUCACUUUUCAUAUGGAACGGCAUACAAAAAUUCCAGCUUUUAGUUUCAUAAUAUUUUAAAUUUUAUUGUUAUCUUAUUGUUUUUUUUUGGACCAAUAUUGUUAUCUUAUUGUUACAUUUAAUGAGACGUGUUCUUAGUCUAGUGGCAUAACAUAAUUUUACAUACCAAAAUCAUCGUAAUUUUUAGCUAAGCAAUUCUAGCUCGAAACAACCUAAAACACUAACCUUUUGUGGCCAUAUGGAUAUGAAUCUAUGUUUUGAUCUCACUUAGAUAUCCGAAUAAAUAAUUUAUCUGUGGGCUGCGUUCCCAUAAAAAUAUUAGUGUAGACUUUCCAUAAUUGUAAGACACCCAAGUUAAUAACAAAAAUAUUAUUUUAUGUGUGUAGACUUCUAUUCUCUAUGAAAAUAUUUAUGUUUUCUAUAUUCAAAUUGCUAAAAUAUAUGUAAAUAGAUGUUAAAAUGUAGAAGAUAAAAAGGUGGAAUCUAUUAUAUCAAUUAUAUUUACUUAUAUGAUUUAAUAUUUAAAACUAACAAAUAAAUAAAUGAGGGUGAAAUGGAUGCUGACCAUCCAUGACAUAUGCCCACAAUCCUCGUUUACAAAUAUUUUGAGUCUGCAUAAUGUAUGUUGUUCAUGUCCACUGAAUGUUAUCCACAGUAUUUUGUCACAAUAUAUUUUUUGUAACUUUUGUUUUCAAAUUAAAAAAGUAUAUGAGAGUGGAAGUUAAAAUAUAAAGAAUAAAAAUAUAAUUUAUUAUAUCAACAUAUUUAUUUUUAUAUUUUAUAUUUUUUAAAAAACAAGCAAAAAAUGUGGGAUACAUUGAUAAUAAUAAGAACAAAUAAAAAUAAAUAAAAAUUCACUUCCCCUCCAAUUAUAUCGUCUAAACAUAAAAGUAAUAAUUAAUUAAUUAUAUUUAUUAAUUGGCUAUUAACCAGACGAUUUCAUUAUGUUAUCUGAACAAUGACAAUUUCAUCUACAAUAUAUCAGCAAACGUGCUCUUUCAGUACAUCACUACAUUGUGACUUCAUGUGUAAAAAACAUUAAAAAAAAAGUGACAUAAAAAUGUCAUAAAAUGUCUUCCUAUCUAUAUUACACUCGAAUUUGUGUGUAUACAAAAGGAUAAAUGACAUAAAAAGGAUAAAUGACAUGUUUUGUAAUAAAACCCGUCCCAUCUUUUGACUUAUGUAGUUCUAGGUGAUAUUAAAAUUGGCUUUGGGUUAUUCAUAUGAUUUUAGUCGUAUACACACAACACAGACA